GCAAGCCCCCGACUGCCCGAGGAGUCACGCACACACACCUGGAAGCAUCUAGAUUCUGGAGGCGUGGCACCGCAGCCGUCGCCCGCAGUUUCCAGCCACCACCCCGCGCCGCCGUGCACCUCGCGGCGGCGGACCACAGGCGAGAGAGAGGGGGGCAGUCGAUCGGGAGGGCGGGCGGGCGAGAUCGAGGAGGCGCCGCCGAUGGACCCGUCCGACGUCGAGAUGGCGCCCGCGGAGCACCCGCCCCAGGAGCCUCCGCCGCCGCAGCAGCAGCCGGCGGCGGCCGGGGACGGGUGGAGCAUGCUGUCACGCGCCCGCGGGCUGCUGGAGGAGGGCCAGCCAUCCCAGGCGCUGCAGGCGAUACUCAUGGCCAUAAGAUCUAAAGGUGGUGAUCAGGCUCUUAUGCAAACCCUGAACCGUGCACGUGAACUCUACAGGCAAAGGUCUCAACCCAGUCCCAACAUUGACGAGCUCGCUUCUUUCCUCGCAAGAUGCGCAAUAGCAGAGGCUCAGUCACCAAACACUAACCCGCAGCCGCAAGCACCUGGUUCUGACCCUGUCGUGAUGUUGGACUCUGACGAGGCUUGCAUACUUGCUGAGUGCGGCAGGAAGCAGAUUAUCUUGGACGCCUUCAGCGAUGGGAGCAGCUUCAUUUGCUUGAAAUGUGGUGGGCUCUUCAGCACUUCACGCAAAGAUGAACAUCUGGCCUACUGGUGUGGGGCUGCAUGAUCCUGGUGAUAAUUCCUCUACUACUGUAUAUCAGUGGUCGCCCCAGACAUUUAUCAUGAUGCGCGGGAUAUUUUGUAAAACCUGCUCUCUUUUUCGGUUACCUCUUCUUUGCUACAGGGAUGCAAGAGAUACAUCUUCUGUUCACUGAACCAAGUACAAAACGUUCUUAUGGCACCUUUUUGCUGGUGGUAAAUCAUGAUGGGCAUCGUCCUUUGUUAAUGUUUCUAGGUCAACGAGUCCUUAUAGUUGGUGUCUUGUAAUGAAAAUUUUCUGCUUGUCAUUAAACGGCGGCAAACUAUAUUGGAAGUUAGCUAACUGAUGGUA